GGAUCUCUCCCUGUCUCUCGCUCCCCGUCUCCCUGUUUCCUGCCGCGUCCCAAGAGUCGGUUGUCCCUGAGUUGCUGUUUUUCCAGACUUUCCCCGCCAGUGCAACCAGCUCUCUCAGAAGGGGGAAUGAAAGGAAAAACAAAGCCUCGUCGGAGAGCACCAGUUGACGGGCCACAAGGUGGCCGUCAAAAUCCUGAACAGGCAGAAGAUCCGCAGUCUGGAUGUGGUCGGAAAGAUCAAACGGGAGAUCCAAAACCUCAAGCUCUUCCGCCAUCCGCACAUUAUCAAACUGUACCAGGUCAUCAGCACGCCGACGGACUUCUUCAUGGUCAUGGAAUACGUGUCCGGCGGAGAGUUGUUCGACUACAUCUGUAAACACGGAAGGGUGGAGGAGGCGGAGGCCCGGCGCCUGUUCCAGCAGAUCCUGUCCGCGGUGGACUACUGUCACCGCCACAUGGUGGUCCACCGGGACCUCAAGCCCGAGAACGUGCUGCUCGACGCCCACAUGAACGCCAAGAUCGCCGAUUUCGGGCUGUCGAACAUGAUGUCGGACGGUGAGUUCCUGAGGACCAGCUGUGGCUCGCCCAAUUACGCCGCCCCAGAAGUCAUCUCCGGCAGAUUGUACGCGGGUCCAGAGGUGGACCUGUGGAGCUGCGGCGUGAUUCUGUAUGCCCUGCUGUGCGGGGCACUGCCCUUCGACGACGAGUACGUCCCCGCGCUCUUCAAGAAGAUCCGCGGAGGCGUCUUCCACAUCCCUGACCACCUGCCCCGCCCCGUGGCCACGCUCCUCACCCACAUGCUCCGGGUCGACCCGCUCGAGCGCAGCACCAUCAAAGACAUCAGGGAGCACGAGUGGUUCAAGCAGGACCUGCCAAGCUACCUGUUCCCCGAAGACCCGGCCUACGACGCCAGCGUGCCCGACGAGGAGGCCAUCCACGAGGUCUGCGCCAAGUUCGACUGCCCCGAGGCGGAGGUGCUGGCCAGCCUGGCCGGCGGCGACCCCCAGGACCAGCUGGCCGUGGCCUACCACCUGGUCAUCGACAACCGCCGCAUCAUGAACCAGGCCAGCGAGUUCUACCUGGCGUCCAGCCCGCCCUCGGGCUCCUUCGCCACCGACGACGGCCUCGCGGCCCCGUCCCCGCCGCUCCGGCCGCACCCCGAGCGCAUGCCCCCGCUGGUGGCCGACAGCCCCAAGGCCCGCUGCCCCCUGGACGCCCUCAACACCACGCGGCCCAAGCCGCUCGCCGUCAAGAAGGCCAAGUGGCACCUGGGUAUCCGCAGCCAGAGCCGGCCCGGCGACAUCAUGGCCGAAGUCUACCGGGCCAUGAGGCAGCUGGGCUUCCAGUGGAAGGUGGUGACCGCGUACCACCUCCGCGUACGCCGCAAGAACCCAGUGACGGAGAAUUUUGUGAAGUUGAGCUUGCAGCUGUACCAGGUGGACAACCACAGUUACCUCCUGGACUUCAAAAGCAUCGACGAUGACAUCUCUGAACCACGGUCAGGCUCUGCCGUCGCCCCCGCCGCCACCCCCACCCUGUACCGAUCGAGACUGAGCUCAGAGGGCGGCCCCGCCGACGGCCCGGCUCCCCCCGGCCCCCUGCCCCCACGCCUGGGCAGCCACACCAUGGACUUCUUCGAGACCUGUGCCAGCCUCAUCGUUGCCCUGGCCCGCUGACCACGGCCGAUCGGGCCCCAGCUGCGCCCGUUCUGCUGGCGUCCGGUUUGCCCGUGCCAGACCGGCCACCACGCACCCGACGGGCGCUCGGGUGGUCGGGCCUGGCUCGGCACCAGCGGCUGCCCGUGCAGGCCUGCCGUUGGCACACGGCUCCUCUGGUCCCACACCGCAGCCCGAGUGCCCUCCUGUACCUCCAUCCCCCUGCCCUCCACCGGGUCCCGGGCCACGGGGUCCUGGGGAGGAAGGCUGGCUUGACCCUGCAAUCCAUCUCUUUCGGUCAAGCUGGUCUCCCUCAGCUCAUCUCACCAGUGAUGAGGUGAUGAGUCUGGUCAGUGCUCCUACGGGGUCAGCAGCACCUCCGGCAGGUCAGCGGCUUGGCCCUUCCAGGGACCCCAUGCCCGUAGAAGUCAGCACUGCCCGGCCUCUGCUGCCGGGUCUCUCCGGGACCCCGGGGCCGGCGUCUGGCCUGACCUCCGGGGAAACCACAUCGCCGGGAGCCCGGCAUUUCUGGGUUCCCUCUCCCGUAGUUUCCCACGGCCCCCGGCCCGCAGCAGGCGAUUCCGCCGCCGGUGGCUUGAAUUCUUGAGUUGAUUUCUGAUUUCCACCUCCGCCCUCUGAGCAUCGUGAUUCCCGGGUGGCACGGGUGCCCACCAGCAGUGGCACUCGAGAAACGGCUGGGGCACUGGGGCGCAGUCGGGGGUUGGGAGGGCUCCGGUUCUGGACCCCUGCUGUGGGAUCUACGGGCUGUUUGGAACCCAGCCUUCCGGAGGAGUGGACCGGGGCAUCUUUGUUUCCAUAAAGUCUGUUUUCCGGUAGACCAACGCCA